UAAAAUAUUUCUACACAUAUUUAUGCAUAAGCGAACAGUCAGAGUGAAAAGAUUCACUUGUUCUUAUAAAAUAUCAAAGCAUCCAGAGUGUACGUGCCUUGCCAUGCGUCUAUUUAUUUAAGUAUACAUAAAUAUCCUAGUUUAAAGGAUUACCCGUUUUAUGUUACAGAACAAUACCCUUAAUUCACUGCAUAACGCUACAUGUCGAUAUAAAUAUGUACAUGUUCAGCCCUUUUAUUUAUUAUGCCCUUGCCAGCGUCAUUACCAUUCUCAACUUGAAAGAUACGACAUCGUCGGUCACACUCACACCAAAAUGAGACAUUUCACCACAUUCGGGUUUAUUCUAACCCUGAUUUCAAACUGCCACGGUUCAGCAUUUAUUCGUACGUUCUUCAUUCAAACAAGUUCUUCCUCACUUUUACACGACGGUCCAACACUUAAAGAUAAGUUGCAGAGUUGGACAUCUGAACUGGUGACAGCCAAUAACUCGAAUGUGGAGAGGACUCCACAAUCUGUCAACGAAAUGUGUAAAAAUGCCCACACUCAAGCUAAACUUUUGACAGACGCUGUUUUAAGUGCUGUCAACUAUUAUGAAAACCACAUCUCUCAAAUAUCCACAUUGGGUGAUUCCAUCGGGUUGCAAGUUUUGGAAGGUGUUUUACAGCACGUGUUCAAAAGAAGAGGACAAAAUUUGCACGUUUCGCUCAUGAAUAGGACAAUUAAUUUAAUCGAGCAGAUUAAUGAUAAGGCUAUUACCACGCUUGGUGACGAUGCGUUAGUCAAUCAAGCUGUUAAAGAAAUUGGAAAUGCAUGCGGACUUUUUACACGAUCGUUUUCAAAUUGGGCGUCACUUGAUGUCCUUCAUCAAAAAAGUUUAGCCACGCCCAAAAUUGGCGAGGAUUUGGACGGGAUUUGGCCUUCCCUUAACGGCUACUGCUUCGCAGCCCUUGUCACUCAAUGUGAUGUCCCAUACCCUUGCCGUCGGACAAUUUUGAACCCUGAACCACAAUCACAAUAUAUGUUGGCACAUCAAGCGCUUUUCCUCGUGUUUGCUAAUCAGAAAUCCUGUCAACUCAAACAUCCCGACUAUUUUCGCAAUUCGGAGCACAAUUUGGAAACGUAUUGCAGCAAGAUGUUGAAAGAAGCAGAAUUUCUUGCUGAUCAUAAAUACCCAACGUGGGGACGCGACCUCUUUUCAGAAUACGUCUUCAUCUGCAGUCUGGCCGGCUAUCCAAACUUUCUCCGGAACGAUUGGAUCAACGAAAUUCUGACUUGGCAAAGCAAGAGUGACUUUGGUUGCUUUUUGAACCCUGAUUUCCUACGGUAUUUUCCCACUGAGACUGGAAUUCCUCGAAAAGCUACCGUCCGAGAGCAAAUUAAUGGUGUAAAUCCAGAGGAAAUUUGUCUCUCCCAUUUUUCAUCGACAUCUCUAGCCGCACUUGCCGUGAAGUUAGGCUGGUUGCAUGAUCACUGCUUACCACCUGGAGAAGAAUUUGAAAUCAUGAUGCAAGAAGCUGGCGAUAUUUAUUAAACUACAAAACUUUUUACUAUGUAAAAUUUGACUUUACUUCUCAAAACAAAAUUGCUUAGCUGUAAAAUACGUAGGAUAAAUUCCUUAUCCGUGUGCAUAACAAUGAAGUACGCAAUUGUGCCUAUCAAUUUACAAUUACUCGUUGAAAAAAUUCGCAUAAAAAAAAACUGGACUUAUUGAUAUGUAAAUAGCAUAAACUGAAAAUAAAACGUUAGUAAU